UCCACAGCCAUGGCUUCAUCUCCUGGGCACUUUUUCCGGCUCGGCCGCCGUGCCCAUUUCAUGCCAGCCUAGGCCUGUGCGGCAGUCAUCUCUGCCCCCAAGAAUCAAUAAGCAGACAGCAGCCCCCCCAAUUCUGCAACCAUUUCCAUGGCAACGGCCCGAGCCACUUCUUAUUGGCGGAGCACAGGCGGCGUGUGGCGAGAGUCCCACAUCAAAAGACCGAGGCAUUUUGCUCCAGUGGUUUGGAGCCAAAGGAGGCAAGGAAGCGGCUGACAACGAAAAAAUAUCAAGAGCUGGGAAAGGUGCAACAUGACAGCUGUGGCCCGAAAUGUCUGCCUAUGGGAGCAACUGUGCGCCUGAGCAUGAAGCAAUCCUCCAUCUGAGCAAUGCCUCCUUAGUAGCCCCAGAGAGCUGCCCCAUAGCCAAGGAGCUGCAAAGCCCAGGCCCUGGCUUGGAUGCUUUGGGUUGCAAAGGGUCAAGUCUAUAUGUGCAAUAGUGUUGGCGCAUGGCAGUGAAGCAGGAGGAGAGUGCUGUCGCCACAUGCAAAAACUGAGCUGCUGCUAGGGAAGAAACCAAAUGAAAAAAGGGUGUUUUUAUUUGCUUGCUGCCUCUGCCUCCUUCUUCUGCCAAGGCGGCGGCAGCGCAGAUUAGCUUUGGCAGGAUGGUGCCAGCGCUUGUCUUCCAGGUCUGCAGUGAAGGAGGAGAAAUUAUGCGCCCCAUGUGCCUCCCUGUGCGACCGCCUCUUGGGUUGGCACAGCUGUGAUGUCUUGUGGCAGCCGGAGACCAUUGCCUCUUUGGCACCUCUUUGGCACACGCAGAGACAUCUCCCCAUCGCUGCCCCUUGACAAGAAGGGAUGAAGGGCCAGGAGUCGGAUGGGUCAGAGCCUCCAGGGGAGACCACCCCGGGUUCAGAAAGCAGCUCCCCUGAACAUGGCAGGGCACAGGUUUCCGGUGCCAGGCUCAGCUCAGGACGGGAGCAUGGCAUCCUCCAAGCGGCCCUUGAAGACGAAGUCCCUUCUCGAGGAAGCUCGCCAUGUUCUUCGGAGCCGGUGCCGGAAAGCGACAGCGGGCAUCGACUGGCAGACCCAUCCUCCUCUCAGCACGGCGUGAGCUACCGCUGCCUCCUGCGCCAGAACCAAGUCCUCCUCACCGCUUUGGAGGAACUGCAGUUGCGAUGCGCUGGCCUGAAAAGAGAGAACAGCUUAUUGCGCAAGAGCUGUUUUCCGGAGACUCAGGAGAAGGUGAGGCACCUCAAGCGGAAGAAUGCGGAGCUGGCAGUCAUUGCCAAGCGCUUGGAGGAAAGAGCGCGGAAACUCCAGGAGGCCAACCUCAAAGUGGUGAACGCACCGGCGGUCGCCAUGAAGGGCUCCUGCGCUGGGAUUUGCAAGAAAACGCUGGUCCGCCAACGCACGACGGACCUCCGAGAGCAAGCCUGUGCCCUCCUGGCGAAAGACAAGCAGAUCAACGCUUUGCAGCAGGAAUGCCAGGAGCUUCAGGCCAAGAUCACCUCCGGAAAGGAAGGACCCCCUCGGCUGCCCCUCUUGGACUUCCGUCAGCUCCUCCGCGAAUCCCAGAAAGAGGUGCUGCGUCUGCAAAGGCAGAUUGCACUGAAGAACGUCAAGGGGUCGUCGGGUCCGUCUCACAUCCAGACAGGUCCAAGGGGAACCAAACCCCUUGCGGCUUCAACCAAGGCCUGGGGACCUCUGGGGACGGCCAGAGCCGCCUCCGGCGCCAAUGGCUUUUCUCCUCCCAAGGCGGCCAACAAGACCGUCUCUUCAAGCAACGAUGGGGAGGAACCCCGGCUCCUUGUAAAGAAAGGGGUUGCGGCGGCGGCGGCAUCGCCUCCGGAGAUCAAGCAUCAAAUCCAGCGGCUGGAAUCGGAGCUGAGGAAGAAGCGGAAGCAAUGCGAGAGCCUUGAGCACGAAGUGAGGAAGAAGCACAAGAGAUACGCGGAGCUUGAAACUCAACUUCAGGCGGUGAAAAGCGAUAAUGUCCGUCUGUUGGAAGAGAACGCGCAGCUCCAGGGUCAGGUUGAAUGGAUAGAGAAGGUUGAAUCCGAAAAUGCCGACCUGAGGCUCCAGGUGUCCGCUGUGACUGAGGAACGGGAUUCGGCUCUCCAGAAAACCCAAGAACUCGAAAACAGGCUGGAGAGCCUUGGGCAAGCGCUGAAGCACAUGAGAGAUGUUGCAGGACGGAGGCAACAGCUGGAGCAGGACCACGAAAAGGCCUUGCAGGCGCUGCGGAAGAAGCAGGAGGAGGUCAGGGAGCUCCAGCAGGCCCAGGCCGAAGCAAGGAAGGAGCACGAAGGAGCCGUCCAACUCUUAGAGGCCCGGGUGAGAGAGCUGGAGAACCAGUGCCGGAACCACACCGAACAGUUCAACUUCCUCUCCCAAGAGCUCAAGCGCUUUCGGCUCCAAACCGCGAAAACCGGACCCCCGCUGCACUCCUCCUCGCCGUCGCCGGCCGCCAUGGUGGCGUCGGAGGUCGCCUUCGCCUCCUGCCCCAUCUCUCCAUCUCCGUCUCCCCAGCGCCUGGAGCAUGGCUUUAAGGAGAAGGAUCGAGAGUUACUCCCAGUGUCUCCUCUGCGGUGCAGCCAGAAAAUACAACCUGAGGAGGUCGAAGAAACCCUCCUGGCUGGACUUUGGCUCCCUGAACAUCAUGCGGCAUUCACUGCGGCCAGAAGUCCAGACAUGCUCAUCCCUCCCAUUGCCAACAGGAAACCAGUCAAGAGACUAGAAUCCCAGUCCAGCUCUUCCAGAUCCGAAUCCAUACCAACCACCAGCCCAAAGUCUUGCCCAACUCCAGAGGUGGACACAGCCAGCGAGAUGGAAGAACUCGAUAUCGACAGCGUCUCCCUUGUUCCGGAGCCAGAGAACCACCACUUGGGGAAACUCCAAGUCUUCCUCGCUCGAUACAGCUACAACCCUUUUGAUGGUCCCAAUGAAAACCCCGAGGCGGAACUCCCCUUGACCGCUGGAGAGUAUAUUUACAUCUACGGAGAAAUGGAUGAAGAUGGCUUCUUUGAAGGGGAGUUGAUGGACGGCCGCAGAGGCUUGGUCCCUUCCAACUUUGUGGAGCGCGUUUCGGACGAUGACCUUGUGACGUUCCUGCCUGGUGAGCUGAAUGACCUCUCCCAAAGCUCGCCUCUGGACCGGAGUUUCCUCAGCGCCAGCCUCAGCAGUGGGGAGAGGAGUGACCUCUCUAUCAACGAAGCCAGCACCGCCAGCACCGUCCCCUCGAGGCUGGAAGGGGAUCCAAGGGACGGGGGCCUCCCGAUUUCUGCCGUGCCUUACCCCGCCAAGGUGACGCUCAUCCGGGAAUUUGGCUCCGGUUUGGUGGUGGGGUGGGACCCUCCUUACCUGCCUGCCGGCUUCCCUGAGGUCCAGAGCUACCAAGUCUACGUGGACGCUGAACUCCGUCAAAACGUGAAGUCUGGCUUCCAGACUAAAGCUGUCCUGGAGAAGCUGGAUUUGAAAACGAAAGCUUACCGCGUCUCAGUCCAAAGCGUUUCGGAGAGCGGGGCGUCAGAUUGCCUUCGGUGCACGUUCCUGGUUGGGAAGGACUUUGCCUUAGCGCCCGGCCAGCUCCUAGUGCGGACCGUGGAGGCCACCUCCGCCGAGAUCUCCUGGACCCCCAGCAACAGUAACUUCUUCCACACCGUGUACCUCAAUGGGAAGGAGCAUGGCGUAACCAAGCCAGGGGUCUACUGGUACACUUUCCGUUGCUUGACCCCAAACACGUCCUACGCUGCCAAGGUGGAAGUCCAGCCACAGUGGACGUUCUGGGAAUCCGGACAGGAACGGCAGGAGCAACCUUUAUCCUCCGAAAUCCACUUCACAACGGCUCUAGCAGGGUCUCCGGAUGCUCCGUUAGACGUCCGGGUGGAACCCGGACCCAGUCCUGGGAUCCUUACCAUCAGCUGGUUGCCGGUCACUAUCGACGCUGAAGGGUCCUCCAACGGGGUGCGGGUCACCGGCUACGCCGUGUACGCCAACGGACAGAAGGUGAUGGAAGUUACCUCCCCGACGGCUGGCAGUGUUUUGGCAGACGUUUCCCAGCUGCAGACCCUCCAGGCCUCUCGGGAAGUCUCCGUGAGGACAGUGUCUCUCUAUGGGGAGUCCUCCGAUUCAGUGCCAGCUCAGAUCCCCUUGGCCUUGUUAGAAGACCCCGGCGCUCCUCCUUCGCACUCAGAACUGAGCUGCCUCGUCUCUCGUCUUUCCCGUGGGGACAGGCAGGCUUUACGUGGGGUCGAUCCUACUGCUGCCGCCAACAACCCUAUUGCCAAAUUCACCUCCCAGCCUAGUAAUGGUAAUAAAUCUGGGACGUCUUCAAUAUUUGGGGAGGCAUCCCACCAACAGCUAGCCUCUCCGGUCAGGGUCCCCGCCGUGACCGACGGAUGGCAACCAGAGACGAGUCCUCUGCCUCAAAGAGAAAGGGAUUGCCUUGUGCCAUCAUAUCCAAGUUGUGUGGCGACCAAAGAACCAGGUGAGCUCCAAGAGGCAGCCCAAAAGGACUCCGGAGAAGACAGCCAGGAUCCUCUCCUCGCCGUUGGAGAAACGGAGUCAGAGAGCGUCAGAGGCGACUUGGAAAUGGAUCCGAGUUCCUCUGCGGAACCAGACUCCAAAGAGCCGUCCUCUGAAAGAAUGGGAGAAAAUGCUCAAAGCUGCCCAGGGGAGGAAACGCUCUCCCCCAGUGGACCCUCCGCGCAAGGCGAGAAUAGCUCCGGAGACGCGGCCCAAAAUGAGAUGCGAACCCCGGAUCCCAUGGCUUCUGGACCACCAGGGAGAGUCAAGCUACUGAAAGAAAACCCUAGGGAUGAUCCCACCAUUUUGGUUCCCAGGACCAGGCGAGAGGGCGAGAAAAGGUCCGAUCCGGGCAACCGGCCCCUGAACCUGCUGACGGACCACACUCGCAACUCGGACCUCUCCGAUAUUAUGGAGGAGGAGGAAGAAGAGGAGGAGGAAGAGCAUGGCGGCUCGCGCAGGCAGGCGGUCGCGGUGCCAAAAUGGAAACCAGGCGAAUACCACAGCCGAGAAAACGGAGAGAAGCUCGACUCUGGCGAUGUUGAUAGCGACGAAGAAAUCUUGGAACGGAUCCUGGAGAUGCCCUUGCCGAAAAAUUGCAGCAAGGCUCUGUUUAGCAUCCCGGAGGUCACCGAAGAAGAGGAGGAGGAGGAAGAUUGGGAGCAGGUCCCCCGCAGAGCCAUUGCAAACCCUCCAAAUAAGAAAGCCAUGGAGGAUGUCGCAAAGCGGCCUCCGUGGACGGAGAUGCCGUCGGUGCCCCUGAAAUCUCAGACAGAGAUGCACCUGGAUAUUUCAGAAGAGAACCUUCCAGACAGAGGCUUCAGAAGAGAAGGUGGGAACGAAGCCCCAACUUGCCUUGGCAGCUGGGAAGGGCAUUGCCAAGAGGAGCGGAUCCGGUCUGCCUUGGAGUGGAAAAGACCUGGUUGCGGGAAGGAGAAGUUGCAGAAACGGAGGCAGAAAGUCAAUACGGUUAUCCCAGAUCGAAGUCGCUCUGUAAUGGCCAAUUCUCACCAGACCGGAGGAGGAGGCCUUUACAGGGCGCGGAGUCUGAAGGAGAAUUUGGAUGUGAUCACCAAUCUCGGGGCGGAUGACGAGUCCGAACUGCGCAGCUGGAUGAGGCCAAGGCCUAGUAGCCAAGUUCAUCACAGGAGGACAAUGCCCCAGGAACCCCGGAGCACAGCCGUCCGCAGACUCCCCUUGUGUUUGAGCCCAGAGAGUUUGGAGAUCAACGUCGAGUACGACUCGGAAGAGGACCUGACCGUCACAUCCACUCCGGUGAGCCAGCUGAGCUCAGACGGCAGGGCCGAGGGGUCUCCCACCGAUUGCGAGGAGGGAUGGAGCGACUCCUCGCCCUCCAGCCCCUCCGGGUCGGUGCGAUCCGGCGCACGGAGGGAAUUGAAACGGUGCAGCAGCUGGGAGGAAGAGAGCAUGGAGUGGAGUGGGUCUCCUGGACGUUCGCCCCGGAGGGUCUCCUGGAGGAAGAGGAUGUCGGCGGCGGAUGCCACGGAGGAGCGGAGUCGGAGCCUAGAGCGGAGCCCCUCUCUCCGGAGAGCCAUACCCGGGCGGCCUUUCCACGAGGACCCCCCGAAAUGGGAGACAAGGGACAUUGAAACGGAGCCAUUGAAUUCAACAUCAUGGCGGGCUCCAACCAGAAGAGGCAGGAGGCCCCGGCGGAAAAACCGAGAAGGAAUAGCACCUCCCUGCACCAAUUCGGGCGCUUGGAGAAGUCCAUCUCCAGAAACCAUGGAUGAGGAGGACUCGGUGCGCCUCUUUGUGGCCCUCUUUGACUACGACCCCAUUUCAAUGUCUCCAAACUCCGACGCUGCGGAAGAGGAACUCCCUUUUCAGGAAGGCCAGAUUCUGAAGGUCUAUGGCCACAAGGAUGCGGAUGGCUUCUACAAGGGGGAGUGCGCCGGCAGAACGGGGUACAUCCCUUGCAACAUGGUCUCCGAGGUCCAAGUGGAGAGUGAGGGUGCCAAGAAGCAGCUCUUGCAAGAAGGCCGCAUCUCUACCAACAUGCUGGCAGAAAGCCUAGACAACGGUGGGUUUUCUCCGCCUCGCCGGCAGCCAAGACGUCACCCUCCGAAGCCUCGGCGGUCCAAGAAAGUGGAAAGGAACAAACAAGAAGCUGAAGUCGUAAGUCUUGGGACGCAUGAAAUUCAGGAUCUGAGUUCAGAGGAGGACGCUCCAAGGACCAUGCUAGCCAUCUUUGACUACAACCCCCAGGAGAACUCUCCCAACCCGGAUGCAGAGGCCGAGCUACGAUUCUGCGCAGGGGACAUUGUGACCGUCCUCAGCUCCCUGGAUGACGAUGGCUUCUAUUAUGCGGAGAUACACGGACAGAAGGGCCUGGUGCCAUCAAACUUUCUGGAAGCCUUAGUGCCGGACGGGAUGAGCCUUGGAAAGCAGCAAAUGAGAAAGAGAAGAGUCCAGUGACCCAAGAUGGGAGACAGAACGGCAGAGAGAAAUCGCCAGCUUUCAGAAGACUAUGAGGUGCAGCUUCCAGCUCUUCCUGGCAGAUGGGAAAUCCCUUUGCUUCUUCCUCUUUCAAAUUAGAGGAGGGCCGUUGUCCGAAAGGGAGAUCUUUCUCAGCCCCAAGACAUGAUGCCUAUUGCCCUUUGGCCAAAGGAGAAAAGACCCUUCUCUCCAAAGAGCAAAGAACUUGAGUCUGAGAAGCAGAGGGACCAUGCAACACUGAGCCAAACAGACCAUAUUGGAAAUAAGGCGAAUUCUGUUGUCCGGAAAGUUUAACCAUGAUGGCUUUUGGGGAACUGCGGGACACUUUGUGAAGCCGGCAAGGAGAGAAGGAAGCUAUAGGUUUCUCCAGAAGCGUGUCCCUCAAGAACGUCCCUCAAGAUACCGGUUCUCCAGCGUGUGUCGUUCAGUAGACCUUCCUCACCUUCCACGAUCCCAGAAAACAUCUCUUGUUCUCGAAGCUCCAUUCAUCCAUUCAUCCCAGAACGUUCUGCUUCCUACCAGACUCUUCCAGUUGGGUUUUUCUUGGGGGAUUCCUUGGCGUUCCCAGUUGGUGGUACUGGGAUGAAAGUAGCAUCAUCGGACAACUGGGUGGAACGCUUUCCACGCGGCAUCCAGAUUUGCACACAGUUGGAUCCUUGGGGAUAUUGAACAUGACAUCUUCCCUCUUGUGGGGUUUUUUGGGGUCAUUUAAGUCAUGCUAGAAGUGAAUGUUUGGAGGGGGGGAUUCCUCCUUGCAACCCAUUCCAUGCUUCCCCACCUGAUACCAAAAUCUGGAGACCACAGUUAGGAGUGGUAAGAUCUUCUUCACCUAUUAGUAGGAUGCCCAAAGACCGAGGUUGGUGGUAUAUUUGGGGAUAUGAUUAUCUGUCUUUGAAAAGUUUUACUGGCUUACAGAAAGUUUUGUCUUGGGCACCGAUGGUGUUCCAGAUUUCCACCCAAAUUUUGGGACUGGUGGGAUAUCAGGACUUUUAGACCCAAGAGGUUUUGGAGGGCCUCCCAAAAGGAAAACCUUGUUAGAUCCAUCUGGUUGUGCUUUCUGUCCUCUGCACCUUCAAGCCAGGAUGGUUUCCAUGUCAGUUGGGCAGUGGAUCUGCUCCGGGUUUUCAGCUAGGCACUGAGCAUCAUUCCUAGGUUGGUUUGGCACCUGGAAGAGCUCCUUUAACGCUGGUCAAAACCUGGGAUGGAUUCGCUAUAAUAUAUGCCGUUAUAGCCCUAAAUGCAGCCGGUAGUCCCAGUCACUGAACCACUGGGACAUUGGUUAGUCGAUGGUGAAAUAUAUUCCGUUAGAUGGAUUUUUAGGCCUUUGCCUUUAAAUUCCAUUAAAACCAACGGGUCCAUCUACACCGUCGAAGUAAUGCAAUUUGACACCGUUUUAAUGGCUGUAGGAUCCUAUCAAAUCCUGAAAUUUGUAAUUUUACAUGGCCUUUAGUUUGUCAAAGGAUGCUUGGGUGCUUCGCCAAACUACAGAUCCCAAGAUCCUAGAGGAUAGUUGGAUCCAUGGCAUUUAAAGCGGUGUCAAAUGGUAUUAUUUCGAUGGUGUCAACGCACCCUGUGAAGCGGACGCAAAAUAGACACUAGAUCUCCUCCGAAUGGAGACGGUGAGGUGCGUUUCCGUUCCCCGGAGGAUUUUCAAGCGAGGGAAAAGAGAUGAUAGAUAACCGAGACUCGAGUUUUUGAAAUCUUCAGGGGGAGCUUAGGACGCUUUGGCGGUCCUCCCUCCUUCCGUGCCAAACAAACAAGGCAGCGCAAAGCUUUCGCCUCGGAGACCGUGACGGCUGACGGCUUCCUAUCAAAUCCUUUCCUCCGCAGGUGAAUCCAUUCUAGGUUCUAGUCUGAAAUUGGACGGCGCUGUCUAUGGGAGGAAAAACCUGGAGUGGAUUCACCCGUCCGACUGCCACGGACGCCGCCAGCGACGGCGCGGUCUCCGGUCUGCCUUACGUGAGUUUUCUAGCUGCCAAGCACUUAUAUAUUUUUGCGGGAAAGAGGGGCGCAAUGGCACUUACCAGGGAAAGGGGUGCACCCCUUGGGCCAAGGAGGGCCCAUUGUGUGUGAGUGUGUGUGUGUGUAUGUGUGUUGUCGGGUUUUUUUAUUUUACAGUAUAAGAACUCUAUGGUGUGUCUCCCAUUCGUGCCGCCAACAUGUUCCUUGCAUGUUUGUAAUGGAGAGGGUGCCAUUUUCCGUGUCCCGUUCGCUCCGAGCCAUUCAUGUUGGGGAGGGAGGAGGGGAGGUUGUAUUCGGACAUUGUUUUUAUUUAAACAAAAAACAAACCUAAUUUAUUACAUUAAAAGUCUAUUUUCACAAAAAAGCAAGUGUGGGCAGUCUAAUGUUUAUUUCUGCUCCCCCCGAAGGGUUGGAAAGAGUCGCCAUUUGCAGAGAGUCUGUAAGCAUUUGGAAAGGAGUGCCACAAUUACAAAGAGUCCACAUGGGUUUCUCAAAAGAGAAGUUAAGCCAGACUAAUCUUAUCUCUUUCUUUCUUUCUUUCUUUCUUGGAUAAAAUAACCAGCUUGGUAGAUAAAAAGAAACUGGUUGACCCAAAGAAUGCUCAGCAAAAUGGCUCCUCUUCAUCAUCCUGGAGAGAAGUGACCGUUUGGGUGCCACAGGUCCUGAUCCCAGUUUGUAAUUCAACAUCUUUUUCACCCAAGUCAUUGAUAAGGAAGCGGAAUAGAGGGCAUGCUUAUCCAAGUUACAGAUGGCAC